CAUCAGAGCGCGUCACUCCCGGCUGAUCACCGGCGCCAUGAGGCGGCUCUGUCGGACCGGAGCGACCCUGCUGUUCGGGGCGGGGAUCGGGGCUUCAGCGGGCCGCCUGCUGAGCUCCAGAGGCGGGGAGGAGGAGGAGGACAGACCCGCUCUGCUGAGCAGAGUCCCGGUGAUCCCGGUACCGAGAGUCCAGGCCUCCGAGCUGACGGUGACUCCAGGUGGGACAGGAGCGGUGAUGAAGUACGGCUUUCCCUCAUUGGCCAACAUCAAGACCAGAGAGUCCUACGUCACCUCGUACGACCCCCGCACACGCACUGCAUCCUGGGUAAUAGAGAGGCUAAACCCCGCCUCCCUGACCGGCCCGUCAGACAGGAAGCGCUGCGAUUUCAAAGAGGACGACAGUGUGCACAUGUUCCACAGAGCGACCAGCGCUGACUACAGAGGGAGUGGCUUCGACAGAGGUCACCUGGCUGCUGCAGCCAAUCACAAGUGGAGUCAGAAAGCCAUGGAGGACACCUUCUACCUGAGCAAUGUGGCACCGCAGAACCCUCACCUGAACCAGAACGCCUGGAACAACCUGGAGAAACUGUGCCGCUCUCUGACCAAACGUUAUCUGAACGUGUACGUGUGCACCGGACCGCUCUACCUGCCCAGGCAGGAGGAUGAUGGGAAACUCUACGUCCGAUAUCAGGUUUUAGGACGAAACCAUGUUGCCGUGCCGACGCACUUCUUCAAGGUGCUGAUCCUGGAGCAGGCGGACGGCAGGGGGGUGGAGCUUCGGUCGUAUGUUUUACCGAAUGAACCGAUAGAUGAGAAGGUUCCUCUGGAGCGUUUCCUGGUUCCCAUAGAAACCAUCGAGCGAGCGUCAGGACUUCUGUUUGUCCCGAACAUCAUGAAGAGGACCGGCAGCCUGCACGCCAUCACCGACCGCUAGACUACACUGCCCACAAUGCACUGCGGCUGACACCAUGUCCAAACUGCUGCUGAUCAUUUAUUUAUAAUUUAAAUGUUGAUUAUUGAGGCUCAUCAGGUCAUGUGACGUCCACGUUUGUCUGAAUGCUGAUUUUUCUACAGAAAAUAAAUAUCAAACCAGUUUGAUUCCGAUUAAAACUGGUUUCCAUGGAGAUGAAAGUUAAUAAAUGUUUGAAAUUCUGAAA